AUGCCCGCCUACGACCCCUUCAAGCCCAUCCACCUCCAGCACCCGCACGCACGCCUCCGCGCAUCCGUCAUCCCCUUUGGCCUCACCAUCCAGUCCCUCACCCUCGACAGCGCAGAUGGCGGCGAACAGCAGACGGACCUCAUUGUCGCACCCCAGAACCCAAAGGACCACCUCGACGCCGGCAGAAACUUUUUCGGCCCCGUCAUCGGCCGCUUUGCAAACAGGCUCCCCGCUGGAAACCUCAAACUCGACCUGGCAGAUGGACAACGCCUAAACGUAGACGUUCCCGAGUUCAGCGCUGGCGGCGUUUCGCUCCAUGGCGGCCCCGCGCCCGCCUCGCUCUCGUCCCCGGAUUCGAUCGAGCAAAAGGGCCCCUUUGACCGCGCCAUCUGGCAGCACGUAGCCGACGCAGACUCGCAGCUCUUCUUCAACUCGGGAUACACCAGCCAGCCCGGGGCAGAAUCGCCUGCAUCCAGCGCCAUCUUUGCCAUCGAAUCCCCGCACGGCGACAACGGAUACCCGGGCAGGCUCCGCGUCGAAGUCCUCGUCGCCGUCCUGCCCGCGUCGGCCGCCACAGAGGGAGAGACGCGCUCCCCGCUGCUCGGAACGUCAGAGGGCAGCUUCCUCAUCCGCUACCGCGCAAAGAUCCUCGACGACGUGGCCGCCACCCCGCUCAACCUCACCCAGCACUGGGGCUUCAACCUCAGCUCUUCGUCGACCAAACCCGAGGCACGCUCCGAGCAGGGUCGCAUCGACAAGCACAUCGUGCAGCUCUACCCCGUCGACCCGGCCAAGGGAGUCAAGCGCCUCGGCCUCGACGCCAAGAUGAUUGCCGACGGCACCGUCAUCGACCUCUCCAAGCCUGACGACGAGGGCCAACGCCACGACUGGGAUGCGCCCGACGGCAAGGUCAUCGACCACGGCCGCCUCUCGAGUGGCUACGACCACUUUUACGUCUGGGGGCCCGCCGGCGGACUUGCCAGCUCCGAUGCCGCCGAUCUCUGCCACGAGCGCGCCCGCCGCAUGCGCGUCACGUCGGACACGACGGGCAUCUCGCUCACCUUCCACUCAAACCAGGCCGGCACCCAGAUCUACUGUACCGAGGGCCAGCCGCCGGCGCCGGCGCCCGCCGACAAGUCUGGCGGCGAGAUGAAGUACGUCCACCGCCGCAACGUCGAGGGCGAGGGCAAGCUGGGCAACGGGCAGAGGAGCGCCAUCAUGAUCGAGUUUGGCGCACCCCACUGCGGCUUCCUCCACUCCUCGCUCGAACAGUGGGGCGGCGGCGCCUCGCUGCUGAAGAAGGGAGAGGUCUACGACAACUGGGUCACCUGCCAGGCUUGGCAAAAGUGA